AUGCUUAAUAAUCAAUCAGAUAUUCAAUUAUUUCCAAUAUAUAAAUUAUUUUUUGAUGAUAUUGAAGAAAUAUUUCUUAAUACAAUAUCGUUUCGUAUUCUUAUUAUAUUAAUAUUAAUAACAUGUUUUUUUAUUAUUGGAAUAAUAAUUCUUUUAUUUAAUCGAUCAACAAAUACUUUUUCAUCUCAUCUUAAUCCAUUUAUAUAUGCAUUAAUAUUCUAUGAUUUUAUUCAAUUAUUAUCUUUAAUAACAUUAAAAUAUAAUUUUACUGAACAAUUUUUUAAUCAAUUAUGUCGUUGGCCAUAUUAUUUAAAAUCUUCAUCUGAAUCUGGUCAAUGUAUAACAUUAAUAUUUUUAUUUGCUUUAAGCCGUCAUCAAAUACGUUAUUUUCUUGCACAUAAUCAUUUACCUAAAACAAAUCGUAUUAAUUCUCGUGCAUUAACAUUUGUUUGUUUAUUAUUCAUUGUUUAUGAUAAUAAUUGGAUAACUCAUGUUAAAAUUGAAAAAAUUCAUUUAAUUACAUUAAAUGAAACAAAAUAUGAAAUUAAUAUUAGAGAAUCACAUAUACCAUUAUAUGAGAAUUCAAAUAAAACUAUUCAUUCUCAUCUUCGUUUUAUAACUGAUCUUGAUCGAUAUUCUCAAGGUCAAGAAAAAAAUUUAACUAUUCAAAAUCAACAUAAAACUUCAACGGAUGAAAUUAUACAUAAUAAUCGAGAUGGUAGCAUACAUGAAAUAAUAUUUAAAAUUCCUUAUGAUGUAUUUAAUCCAACAACAAAUCGAACAAAACGUAAAUUAACAAGAUAUAAACGUGAACAAACAAUUAGUGAAAAUAAAAAUAAUAGUUCAUAUCAAAUAAAUCGUUGUACAUAUGGACAAAGAAAUUUUUUUUUAUCGAAUUUUCUUCUAUUAAUUCAUUCAAUAAUUUAUUUUAUAUUGAUAUUAUAUUAUUUAAUUAUAGUUUAUUCAUAUAAAAUAGAAAAUAUUAAUAUUGAUUAUCAUCAACAAUUAUCUAUAAAAUCAUUAAAAAUGGGAAGACGAAAAUCGGCUGAACGUCAUGAACAAUUUAUAUUACUUAUUCAUUUAAAACGAUUUCUUUAUUUAAUUACUUAUUCACAUACAUUACUCACAUUUAUUCGUCUUGUUUAUAUAUGUUUAUUAACAAUAAUGUUAUGUUUACUUCAAACACCAUUUAAAUGGUUACCAAUAAAAAUUAUAUUUUAUUCUCUUUUUCUAAUAAUUUAUUUUUCAAUUCCUAUACGUAUGAGUUUAUUAUUUAUUUAUUUAUUUUUAAAUCGUUUUUCAACUCAAAUUGAAUCAAUUUUCUUCUAUAUAUUCCAUACAAAAUUACGUUUCUCAUGGAAAUUAGAAAAACCUACUAUAUGUUUUCGAUUACAGUUUAUACCAUAUACAAAUAAUUCAAAUCAAAUAGAAGGUUUAACUAAUUCAUUAAUUAUUGAUCUAUCAUCAACGAUGGAAGAAGAUCAAUCAACUAUGUUCCCGAAUGAUUCAGCUAUUGUCUAUGAUGAAAGUAGUAGUGGUUAUAAUCCUGUAACAACAACUAUGCUUGUUACUCCUUUAAAUCUUGCUAAUGAAACAACAUCAAAUAUAUCUGUUAUUGCUAAACUGUGA